UGAAAAAAAAAAAAAAAAAGCAAAAACAAAAAAUCACAAAAGCUAGUGCUUGAGCACUUGAAAGGUAUAAACACCACACUAAAUAUCAACCGUUGAUCUAUUUUUAAAUAAAUCUUAUUUAUUUAUUGUUUCAAUGCAUCAAACGGUUAUUCACCGUCACAGUGAAGGCUCACAAGCCCCCCACCCCUCUCCCCCAGUCCUUUCCCACCUCUGUAUCUCCUCCCUCUCUCGCUCCCACCCGAAUCUAGUAUUCACCCAACUCUCUCCCCUCCACUAUGAACCCACGACACCCCCACCUCUCCAUAUGGCCCCUUCUCUCUCUCUCUCUCUCUCUCUCUCACAUACACAUCGGAGUUCUUGGAGACUUUCUUGCCCCCUUUUUGCAACUCGCUCAGAAGAAAUAUAGAUUUCUUCGACAGGGAGGCAUUUAUUUGCUAGUUAAUUCUUGAGCAGAACGAUUGAUCUAUGAUAUAGUACUGAAUUGGGAUUGUUUGCAUAGAAUAAAGCUACAGUAAUGGACAUCGUCACUGGAGCCAUCACUCAAGUGGUCAAGUAUUUGGUUUCUCCCUUCAUGGAUCACAUCAACUAUCUUGUUUAUUAUAAGACAAAUGCUAAUGACCUCAGAAAACAAAUGGCGAGUCUUGGAGAACAGAAAGCUGAUGUACAACGCUCUGUGGAUGCUGCUCGCUUGAGAGGAGAUGUGAUCAAAGUGGUGGUGGAAAGCUGGUUAUCAAAAGUGAAUCAAAUAGAGUUUGAGGAGACAACAUUGCAUAAUGAAUUGGAAGAGAGGAAGGGAUGCCUCCAAAGGGGUUGCUCCUUGCGUUAUCGAGUAGGGAAAGAUGCAAAACGCAUGAUUGAUGAUGUCAAUCAGCUCCUAAAUGAAGGACGAUCAUUUGCUGCCGUGUUAGAUCCUGCUCCACUUCCUCCCGGCCUAGAAUCCAUGCAAACACUAGAUUUCCAUGUUUAUGAUUCCACAAAAUUAGCAAUGGACAAAAUCGUGGAGGCUUUGAAGGAUGAGGGUGUCAGGAUGGUUGGUGUAUAUGGCAUAGGAGGGGUUGGAAAGACAACCUUGAUGAAAGAAGUGGCUAAAAAAAUGAAGAAAGAUGGGCUUUUUGAUCAGGUUGUGAUGGUCACUGUGUCUCAAGAACCAGUCUUGAAGAAGAUCCAAGGUGAAAUUGGAGAGAACUUGGGACUACCACUUUCAGAAGAGUCCUUAGAUGUGAGAGCAAGGCGUUUAUUGGAGAGAUUGAAGAAGGAGAAACGAAUCCUCAUAGUCUUAGAUGAUUUGUGGAAGCCAUUAAAUUUACUAGAGGAGCUAGGAAUUCCCUGUGAAAGCAACUGCAAAGUAGUUCUCACGACAAGACAACUCCAUGUGUGUAGACAAAUGGAGACCCAAUCGAACGUUGAACUAAAAGUUUUGUCAGAGGGAGAUGCAUGGGCUGCUGGAGAUUGUCUAGCAGAGAACAACGAUGCGUUGUGUGAAGUGGCAAAUCAAGUUGUUAGAGAAUGCGGGGGUUUGCCCUUAGCAAUCGUUACGAUUGGAAGGGCACUUAGAGCUAAGGACCUAUAUGUGUGGAAAGAUGCGGCGAGCCAACUCAAGAAGCCAAGCUCAUCACCACCAGAUAUUGAAGGUGUGCAUGAAAAAGUUUUUCGCUCCAUAAAAUUAAGUUAUGAUUUUCUUGAAAGCAAAGCUACCAAAUUUUGCUUCUUGCUUUGUUGUAUGUUUCCUGAAGAUUUUUCUAUUUCUGAGGAUGAUUUGCUUCCUUACGUGGUGGGGGAGGGGGUGUUCGGAGAUAUUGACACCCUUAUAGAAGCAAGGGAUAGGUUGCACAUGCAGAUGGAAAGACUUAAGGCAUCAUGCUUAUUAUUAGAUGAUAGUGAAAGGAGGGAGAGAUGUGUAAGGAUGCAUGAUGUUAUUCGGGAUGUGUCAAUAUGGAUUGCAUCGAAAGAAGGUCAUGAUUUUGUUGUAAAAUCUGGGAGAGGAUUGACACAUUUUCUUGAAGAAGAUAGCGAUAAGAACCUAAGGAAAUGUAAGAGACUUUCAUUAAUGCAAAAUGAAAUUACUAAGCUCCCCAAUCGGCUCGAAUAUUGCCCUGAUCAGCUUAUGACCUUGUCCUUGAGAGUCAAUGACGAUUUGAGGGAAAUCCCUGAUGGAUUUUUUCAAGGGAUGAUAUCAUUGAAGAAACUAGAUCUGGUAAAUACAAAUAUCUCUUCCAUACCAUCUUCAUUGUCAUGCUUAACGGACCUUAGAGUUCUUUGUAUAAGUACUGAUUAUUGGAAAGAUCGUGAUCAUGAACCUUUUGAUGUGUCAUUGAUUGGGAAGUUGAAGAAACUUGAAAUACUUCAAGUACGAAAUGUCAAUGUAACAAGAUUUAGUGAAGAAAUAGGAGAGCUUACAAAUCUGAAAUCGUUGGAUUUGUCGAGGAAUGAGAGUAUGAGUUUUGCCCCGAAUAUUUUAUCGAGGUUGUCUCUCUUGGAAGAACUCAAUCUUGAGGAAAGCUUUCAUGAAUGGGAGAUCGAAGAAGAAGGAUUAAAAAAAAAAGAAGAAGACGACGGAAGAAUAUUAAGUAAGAAGGCAUGUUGUUGUUUAUCUGAGGAAACAUCUUUGUCUUCUUUGACUCGACUAAAGAUAAAGGUAUCGAAUAUUAAAUGUUUGGGCAGUGCAAAUAAUAUCCCAUUUCGGUGCUGGGAAAACCUCACACACUUCUCAAUAAUUUUGGGAAACACGGAUUGGUUUUUUACGAACGAUGAUGUGAAUGUGAAGGCAUGUGCCACUGGAGAUAGGGUUGUCGAUUUGUGGAGCCAUCAUCCCUAAUAAUAAUCCACUUUUAUUGUUGGAACGAACAGAAGGGUUACAACUGAAGGUGUGUCGUGGUGACCCUCUAAGCCUUGGUGCGAAGGUUUUGAAUAACUUGCGGAUUCUUUCUGUUAAGGAAUGUGAUGAUAUGGAAUAUCUUUUGAAUACUAUUCCACAACUCACAUUUGGCAGUUUGGAAAAGCUUUACUUGUGGUCCUCACAUAAAUUGAAGGCAAUAAUAAUGUGCAACCAUGGGUCGUCUCUUCCAAGUGGAUGCUUCAACAACCUAAGAUUCCUACGAGUGCAUGGAUGUCAUGGUCUAAUUAGUAUCAUACCCUCUGAUCUGCUGGCAAAGCUACCAAAUUUAGAACAUCUCCAUGUACGGUAUUGUGAUGGGGCUACUGAGGUAUUCAACUCCAAGGGACUACAACUACUACUUGACGAUGAAGGACAGGCAGAGGCUACAAUAUUAUUGCCGAAACUGAAACAAUUGUAUCUAUCAUCCCUUCGUUCUCUAAGGACCAUAUGGUAUGAGGGCGUUGUUUCACCUAAUUUAAGCCUCCCAUUGAACCUAGAGGAGAUAAAAGUGAUGCAUCUAAGAUUGAAAUUCAUAUUCUCACUAGCUAUGGUGCAGAGGCUUCAACAACUACAGUGCCUUCAUAUUUCGUCUUGUGAAGAAGUGGUGGGAAUAAUCUCAUUAAUGGAGGGAGAUGAUACACAAAGAAUGACCUCGUCAUCAUCAUCAAGACUACUACAGUUGAAUAAUAACAAUCCGUCUUCUUCUUCUUCUUCUUCGGUAAUACUGCCAACGCCAUCAAUUUUUGGCAACCUGAGAGAUUUACGGAUCGAUGAUUGUCGUAGGUUGACGCACAUCCUACCAAUGAGUUUGGCCCAAGGUCUCCAACAACUAAAAUUCUUCCGUAUUACAAAUUGCUCUAAUUUGGAGGAGAUAAUUCUGAACGAUCAUCAUCAUGACAUGGAUGUUGAAAAGGAGAACGCGACCAUCAUCAUGUGCAAGAAGAAGAAUACGCUACUGUUUCCUUCAUUGGAAACAUUGGAAGUUCAGAAAUGCCCCAAAUUGAAAAGGCUCACACCUGUGAUUUCCAAAGCAACAAAACUGAGGGAAAUUAAGGUAGAAGAAGAAUGGUUCAAUGCGUUGGAAUGGGAUGAUCAAAAUGAAAAGUUGCAACUACAAGAAAGAGUCAAGGUGAUAUUUAUAUGACCUCCAGCAGCCUAGGAAACAGAGAGUGGCUCUUUCUGGUGACAUUUUAUGAAAGGAUUCAAGUUCCUACUUCCGAUGAAAAUGAAGACAAAGAUGAAGAUGAAUAUGAAGAUGAAGAUGACGAUUAGCACCUUCUUGGACUAAUUUUGCUGAACAAUUUAAUUGCAUGUGCAUCGAACCUCUAAUUAAAUGUCUUAUUCUUCUGUGUUUUUGUUUGUUUGUGUCUAUCUGAAACAAAACUCAUUGUAUAUGAUUAAGGGAUAUGUCUCUGUUUGAAACAAAGCCAUUCUAUUUGAAUAAAAUAUAUGGAUAACAACAGGUUUUUCCUAUAUAUAUGUACAAAUCUCUCUAAUAAAUAGGUGUUCUCAUGGGCUCAAAAUCUUCAUUGAAUUACAGUAACUACUAACCUUGCAGCCAGCAGCAGCCAGCCAUAGAAAGGGGCCACUUCUUGGAGCAAUGGUAAAAGAUUCGUGCUGCCACAGAGUAGGAGCAGCAAUGGGUAAUGGCACUUUUUUUUUUUUCUCCGCAGAUAUAGAAACCUGUUUCUCAUUAUGGGAAAUUCUCCACCAUUCUAUAGUUCUUGAUAUAAAAAUAAUCAUGUGCAUUUAUGGAAUAUUUUUAACCGCCUUGUCAAAGCUCAGAUGCAAUGUUGCUUUGCUAGUCACUGAAUCUUUCCUAUGGUUACUUAUCAUUUUCAUUAAAGAUUUACAUGCAAAAUCAUACGAACAUACACACAUGUGCCGUUUAUUUGUGUAUUUCAAAUUUUUGCCAAAUAUUCAUUCUUCUAAGUUAAUUUACCAAAUAUUUUUCUUUAUUCAGUUCUGUUUUAUUGUGCUCAUAAUUGACAUUGAAUAUUAUCUAUCAUGUGGAUACAGAUAAAUUGAAUAAUUAAUUUUCAGAUAACAUAUAAUCUUCAUUGUUAAAAAGUUUGCAAAGUUUGGGCAGCUAAAGCAUUUCAAAAUAUUAAUUAAGUUCUUCUUGGGCUUAAAUAGUGUCCAAUUAUCUAUUGCAAAGGAGACAUGCCGGCGUCUUGGCAUUGGAACAAACAUGUAUCCUGCUUCUUCAUUGCUGGACAGUAAUUGAGGGGUCGAUUACCUCAUUGAAAAGACAGAUUGCUUUGCUGGCAUAUUUCCUAGUAGUUGAAUCCCAUGUACAAUAUUCAUAGAGAUUGUCUAUGGAGCAUCCUCAUUUACCUUUCUUCUCCCUUGCCAUUCUUUAUAUUUCCUUUUAUUAAAUUUAUUCAUUACAUAUACUGAACUUUCAGAACAUAAGUAUGAGAUUGAUAAAAUUCUACAAGAAAAGAAGCAUAUUUGUGGAAUGACUGGAGAUGGUGUAAAAAAUGCACCUGCUCUAAAGAAAGCAGACAGUGCGUUAGCAGUGUCAGUUGCUACUCACUCUACAUUGGUUUGCAGCUUUAUGCUAUAUCCAUAACCUUAAGGAUUGUGCUAAGAUGGUUGUUGCGAUUUUUAUGUUUCCAACUUUGCUACUUAUAAAAUAAAAAAAAAGGUGGCAACUGACUGGAUUUGCUCAUGUUGCAGCUUGGUUUUAUGCUGCUGCAUUGUUCUGGGAGUAUGAUUUCCCACCUUUCAUGGUCCUAAUAAUAGCAAUACUGAAUUAUGGUUUCUCCUCUCUUUUCUUCCACGAAACCUUGAGGUCAUGGGUUUGAGCAAGAACUUUAUUGAAGAUGAGACUGAUAAUUUUCCGGUGAGAGGCAAAACUGAAUGCAUUGCUAGCCUUGGGUUGUCUUUCUCUCAUUGUGAAUUGGUUCUAAUUAGCAUUUGUUUCUUCCUGGUUGGCCCCAUUAUCUCUCUUUUUGCUCCAGUUUUAUUUCUAAGACUCUUUUGUUAUCAAUGAGAAAGCAAUGUGGAGCAUAAAAUUCUGCCAAUGCUCAAUUACUUUCCCAUGCUGUCAUCAAAUAGUCGUAGAAAAAAGAUUUGCUGGGAUGGUGAUUAGAGAUCCUAAUCCAUGCUCACAUUAGUGCUUGAGCAUACUAUCUUUCUUUUCAUUUUCUGAAAGUGCACUUGCAUAGCCAAAUUUCUUCUGUGUUUGGGGAUGGCUUCUCAGAUGGGAUUGGAAUUUCAUUGAGAAUCAAUAAUGACAGAUUUGAAAAUAUUUCUCGUUGGACUAAAACCUAUCUUGAGAAAACCAUGCCAACUUUGAAACUUAUCUGAGUUAAACUAGCAUCCCCCAAAAAAGUGUCCCUUAAUUCUUCUCCUUACUCUUGACAAUUUUAACAUGUUUCAGAACCACAUUCUUUUUUUGUGAGAAUUUUUCUUCAUAUUUUGUAACCUGUGCUUGUCCGUGAGUUUCUGUUUAUUUUACUUUCCAUUGCAAGUUAAAAAUUCUUCUGGUAUGCAAACAAAAAAAUAAAAUUUGUUUCUUGAUGGAUAAUUGAUAUAUGCAUGGUAAUCUAAACUAGAGCAUAUAUAUUCACAUGUGAAGUAGUAUCAAGUUUAUAUAUUUUCUCUUAAACAGGGACCAUCAUGACCAUUUCUAAAGAUCGUGUGAAGCCAUCUCCAAAACCAGGCAGUUGGAGGAUCAAUGAGAUCUUUGCAAUGGGAAUUGUUAUAGGGACUUAUCUUGCAUUGCUCAAUGUUUUAUUUUACUGAGUUAUGAAAAGCACCACUUUCUUUGAGGUAUUAAGUUCAUGAUUUUCUAAAGAUGGGAAUGAAGAUUGGAUUCCAUUCCUCUUCUGGACCCUCUUGAUGUGCACUUUUGUGAUGGCUCAACUGGUAAGAGUGAUGAAGAGAUUUAGAUGGAGUUCGAGCCCAUGAGGGAUCUCUCUUUCUCUCCCUUUCUUUGGAACCUCAUGUAAUGAGAUUUAGAUGGAGUUGGACCCAUGAUUCACAUGGAUGCAAGCUUCGCUCUUCAUGGCUCAUUGACAGCCUACAUAGAGACCUAUAGAAUUGCUGGACCAACUUCAGGUUGAGCUUGAUUUUCUUCAGUCUGAGAUAUUGGAUGGGGGUGGGCUGGUGUCAUAUGGAUCUAUAGUGAGAUCUUCUACAUACCCUUGGAUAUUAGCAAAUUUACUAAUUACAUUUUGAGCGGCGAGCCCUGGAAUUUAUUGUUUUGAGAGAAAGACUUCUUUUACUUCUAAGGAGAACUAUGGGAAGGAAGACAGGGAGGCUAUGGGGGUGCUUUCUUAGAGUACCCUACAAGGGCUGAUACCUACAGAAUUGGAGACCAAUUGGCAGAGGUCUUCUCUGAUAGCUGAACAGGCCAGCGGCAGGCUAAAAUAGUUAGGAUGUCAAAUUUAUGAUUGAAGACCUUGGGCACCUAAAACCAACAAUUUUCUGUGUUGUUUCUCUUGUGUUGGAUAGGAUAUAUUCAGGUCUGACAGAGAUGGUGUCUUCUGGGGGUUUCUUAAAAGGCAAAUUGUUUAACAUUGCAUACUCAUGGGUGCCAUUGAUAUCAUGUACAAAGCACAGCAAAGUGAGCAUUUGGUCCUGCUAGGGGUUGAGGCCAUAUCAAGUAUUUGUUAUUGGCCUUCUUCAAGUCUUUGCCUCUUACUACCUUAUUUGGUGUAAUAAGAGUUGUUAUCCUAUUAACAUUUGACACUAAUAUAUGUUCAGACUGUUCAGUAAUCAGGCCAAAUGCUUAAAUCAUUAAGUUUUCUUUUGUAUGUGAUUAUUUAUGUCUAUUUGUGAUCAAAUGUGUCCUAAACAAUGUAAAUGUCUAUUGCUCUUCCCCUAUAAUUAAUUAUAUCAAAGAAUAUUAUUCUAA